AUGUCUCCCGAAACUCUUCUCCCCAGCUUUGUCGCCGAUGCGAUAUGGCCCGACCACAAGUCUCCCCUCCAGACUCAUAGACUACACCCAACCUCGUAUCUCGACGGCCUGCGAGGCGUGGCCAGCUUGAUAGUUUUUUUCUGCCAUUACACCGAGGAAAACCACCCAUACUUGGUGCCCACGUACGGCCUCAACAAGGACGGCGAGUCGUCAUGGCUGCAGUUGCCUCUUGUGAGGAUAAUCUUCAGCGGGCGACCCAUGGUUCACAUAUUCUUUGUUAUUUCGGGCUUCGUGCUCUCGUACAAACCACUCAAGGCUAUACGCUCAAGAGAGCUGGAAAAAUGUUACACUGCGCUAUCCUCGUCCACUUUCCGGCGGCCAUUCCGACUAUUUGGGCCAUGCCUGGUUUCGACGGCCAUGGUAGCGGUGUUGAUCCAAUGCGGCUUCAUGUACAGGCCUCUGCCGAGCCUCUGGAAGCAGUUUCUAGCCUGGAUCGACGCAGUUUUCCACAGCAUCACCUGGCCGUGGGCCUGGGACUUUGACCUUCGGCCUGCUUUCGACAUCCACCUGUGGUCGAUACCAAUCGAGUUUGCCCACUCAAUGCUGCUAUUUCUGACUAUCCUCAUGGUUGCGAGGAUGCGGACGCGGGCGCGCCUGGCGGUUGAGGUUUGCCUGAUAGCCUAUGCUGUCACAUGUGGGAAGUGGGCGGCAUUCGAGUUCUGGGCGGGCAUGAUGCUGGCCGACAUACACAUUAAGAGGACGGCACAACUGAAGCGCUACGAAUCCAUCGACUCCAUAUCACCCUCGUCGCCGGGCACAUUACCGCGAAUAAUCGAGAACCCGAUGCUGCACUACUGCGUGCACGGCACCAUCUUCCUGGCCUGCAUCUUCACCGGCGGCUGGCCCAACUUCGACGCGGACAGGUCGCCUGGCAUCCGGUGGCUGCUGGCGCACACGCCCUCAUCCUUCCCGCCAGUGGACAAUGUGACGCCGCAGAAGUUCUGGUUCGCGGUGCAGGCGAUAGCGAUGGUCUGGACGUGUGGAGAACUCCAUUUCGUCAAGGAGUUCCUUGAGGGCGAGUUCGCGCAGUACUUGGGGCACAUCAGCUACGCGAUAUACAUCGUGCACGGGCCGGUGCUGGAGUGUCUCCAGAGACAAGUGGCGGGGCAUGUCUACGUUGCGCCCGUAGGAACACCCAAGCUGCAAGGCUACAGGCCCGAGAUCCUCCCCAGUGGAGUCAAGGGGAUGGUUGGGAUCGACACUGCGAUACAGAGGACGGUCUGCUGGGCUAUGGGGCUGCUGCUUCUGGCGCCGAUUGUAAUCUGGGUAGCAGACUUAUUUUGGAGAUUAGUAGACAUACCCAUGGUCAGGCUGGCCAGAACGCUCGAGACACAAGUGCUCGACAAUGACGUUGACCUGGGCGCGAGAUCAAACGGCAACGCCCACUAG